AUGAGGACAAAACUGAACACCUGCAAUGUACGUUCUCUGCUGCUUGUUUUCCUGGUGUGGGACCCAGCCAGGUUGGUGCUGGCUAACAUCCAAGAAGAUGAGGCUAAAAAUAACAUUACCAUCUUUACAAGAAUUCUAGACAGACUUCUGGAUGGUUACGAUAAUCGGCUUAGACCAGGACUGGGAGACAGUAUUACUGAAGUCUUCACCAACAUCUACGUGACAAGUUUUGGCCCUGUCUCAGAUACAGAUAUGGAAUAUACAAUAGAUGUUUUCUUUCGACAAAAAUGGAAAGACGAACGUUUAAAAUUUAAAGGUCCUAUGAAUAUCCUUCGACUUAACAACUUAAUGGCUAGCAAAAUCUGGACUCCAGAUACUUUCUUUCACAAUGGAAAAAAGUCAGUGGCUCAUAAUAUGACAAUGCCAAACAAGCUUCUUCGAAUCCAGGAUGAUGGAACACUUCUAUACACCAUGAGGCUUACAGUUCAAGCUGAAUGUCCAAUGCACUUGGAGGAUUUUCCAAUGGAUGCACACUCAUGCCCACUGAAAUUUGGAAGCUAUGCAUACACAACCUCAGAAGUCACUUAUAUUUGGACUUACAAUGCAUCUGACUCUGUCCAGGUUGCACCUGAUGGGUCCAGGUUAAAUCAAUAUGAUUUGCUGGGCCAGUCGAUUGGGAAAGAGACAAUUAAAUCCAGCACAGGUGAAUAUACUGUAAUGACAGCUAAUUUCCACUUGAAAAGAAAAAUUGGGUAUUUUGUGAUUCAGACCUAUCUGCCUUGCAUCAUGACUGUCAUUCUCUCCCAAGUGUCAUUCUGGCUUAACAGAGAAUCUGUGCCUGCAAGAACUGUGUUUGGAGUAACAACUGUUCUAACAAUGACAACUCUAAGCAUCAGUGCUAGAAAUUCUCUCCCUAAAGUGGCUUAUGCCACUGCCAUGGACUGGUUUAUUGCUGUUUGUUAUGCAUUUGUGUUCUCUGCCCUAAUUGAAUUUGCAACGGUUAAUUACUUCACCAAAAGAGGAUGGGCUUGGGAUGGGAAGAGCGUAGUAAAUGACAAGUCCCCUUCAAUAAAAGCUGAAGGCAUUAUAUUAACACACAACUCAGUGAAGGCAAUUCUUCAAGGAGCUAAACUAAUAUGGUCCAAGUAUAUAGCUUUCUCAUGGUCCAGUUUAAGCCAAGCAAAGCCUUUAGAGUACUUAGAGAAGCGGAUGGACUGUUUAACCUUCACACACUCUUCUAAAAAAGAGAAAGGUUCCGUCAUGAUACAGAACAAUGCCUAUGCGGUGGCCGUUGCCAACUACGCCCCAAAUCUUUCCAAAGAUCCUGUUCUCUCCACCAUCUCCAAAAGUGCAACGACGCCAGAACCCAACAAGAAGCCAGAAAACAAGCCUGCUGAAGCCAAGAAAACUUUCAACAGUGUCAGCAAAAUUGACAGAAUGUCUAGAAUAGUUUUCCCAGUUUUGUUUGGUACAUUUAAUUUAGUUUAUUGGGCUACCUAUUUAAACAGGGAGCCUGUAUUAGGGGUCAGUCCGUGAGUCUAGACAAUGGUUAUCUUUGGGCUAUAGCAACAUUACACUUGGUUUAUUUUGCUAUGUACAGUCUGACUAAUAACUGCUAAUUUAUGUCCCAAUAUGUACAGUAUGUAUAUAGUGGUAGAGCUUACUGGUAGACCUCUAAAGGGGACCUGCAUUUGCUAACUCAUGGAAAAACAGGCAGAAAACAUCCUGUGCCAAAAGAGCCAUUGUCUUUUUAAAAGAUUUUCCUUAGGACCCAGUAUUAAAGUGGAUUUCAGAUCAUGCAAUUUAUUUCCUAAUGUUCUAGUUAUGAUGAAACCUGAGAUCCUAUGUCCCCAUUUGUGAAAUUUUUC